UGCCCAUCGGGGUUAGCUAACAUAUACGUAAUAACUUUGUAACUUGUUCGCUACAAGCCCUCUAGUCGCUAAUAAAACUGGUAAGAGCGGACGAGUGGACCUGAAAGAUGUCUCGAGAGCAGCUGGCUGUACAACGGGCCAGGAGGUCCUUCCAGACGGGGAAAACCAAACCUCUGGAGUACAGGAUCCACCAACUGAAGAGCCUGCUCCGCUUCGUCUCAGAGAGACGGGGGGACAUUGCAGAUGCUGUCAAAGGAGACCUGGGCAAGAGUGAACAUGGGACUGAGCUCUUCGAGACACUGGGACUGGAGGGAGAGAUCAAGCUGGCUAUAGAGAAGCUGGCAGAGUGGGCGGCUCCUCGGCCAGUAGAGAAGAACCUCCUCACCAUAUCAGAUGAGGUUUAUGUGCAGCCUGAGCCUCUGGGAGUGGUGCUCAUCAUCGGGGCCUGGAACUACCCCUGGGCUGUCACCCUCCAGCCGCUGGUUGGAGCAAUUGCUGCUGGAAAUGCAGCAGUAAUAAAGCCAUCUGAGGUCAGCUCUCACUCUGCCAAGGUCAUGGAGGAGCUUCUCCCUAAGUAUCUAGACAAAGAUCUGUACCCAGUGGUGACAGGUGGAGUGCCAGAGACCCAGGAGCUGCUGAAGCAAAGAUUUGAUCACAUUUUCUACACAGGAAACAGCACAGUGGGUAAACUAGUGAUGGAGGCUGCGGCUCGCCACCUCACCCCAGUGACCCUGGAGCUGGGCGGGAAGAGCCCCUGCUACAUCGACAAGAACUGUGACAUCACCGUAGCAUGUCGUCGCAUCACAUGGGGAAAGUUUGUCAACUGUGGCCAGACAUGCAUCGCUCCAGACUAUAUCCUGUGUGAACCCACCGUCCAGAGCCGAGUAGUAGAAGAGAUCAACAAGAGCAUCAAGGAGUUUUACACAGACAAUCCAAAAACCUUUGAGGACUACGGACGCAUUAUUAACCAGCAGCACUUUAAGAGGGUGAUGUCUCUCAUGGAGGGGAGCACGGUUGCUGUUGGUGGAGACAGUGAUGAAGCCCAGUGCUACAUAGCCCCCACUGUGCUGAAGGAUGUGACGGGGGAAUCCAAAGUGAUGAAGGAGGAGAUCUUUGGGCCGUUGUUGCCCAUCAUCACAGUGAGCGGUGUAGAUGAAGCCAUCCAGUUUAUUAAUGACAGAGAAAAACCUCUGGUUGUAUACGUCUUCUCCCACGACAACAAGCUGAUCAAACGAGUGAUAGCUGAGACGUCCAGUGGAGCUCUGCUGGCUAAUGACUGUCUGGUCCACUUUACUGUUAGCGCUCUGCCCUUCGGAGGAGUUGGUAACAGUGGUAUGGGCUGUUACCACGGCCGACACAGCUUUGACCAGCUCAGCCACCUGCGCAGCUGUCUGAUCAAGCAGCUGAAGAUGGAGGGAGUCAACAGCAUGCGUUACCCUCCUCACACCGCCAAGAAGCUGGGCUGGGCUCGAUUCUUUCUGCUCAAGCAAAUCAACGUGUGCAGGCUGCGGCGCAUGGCGCUGCUCACCGUGUUGGUCAGCUUGGCAGCAUUUGUGGUCCAGAGAUUCCUGCGAUGAGCCUGAGGAUUAGAGACUGCUGGCCUGAGUUAAAACCUGUGCAGGUGCAGGUGGACUCCUGCACCAUAGUGAAAUACAGCGUUCCUGUCCUUUACUGGUCCAUAUCAUUUCUCAGUCAUGUAGACAUAUUUAACUGAUUUGUGUCCUUUAAGAUGUUGUAGUUUUUAUUGUUUUACAUUAAUUUUAGAGUAAUAUAAUCUGUAAUAAUGAAUGUAACCUGGUAAAUGGAGUUUUACGUAGAGGUUUUCAAACAGUCGCUGCUGAUCAGUCUGCAGUGAUGCACUGAUUCAUUUCACUACGCAAUGAAAAUCAACACGCACACACAAGUUACCGUGAACAUGGUUCUCCUUCAUGUCUGCGUUUAAUGGUGCCAGUGAUGUGGUCCACAAUUAAAACAUCAAC